CACAACCUCCAGCAAUCUCGCAUCGCUGGAAAGGGUGAGCCUGUUCCAGAGUCACCAUAUAUCAGGGCCUGUCAAAUAUUUGCUAACAAAUCAAGCCGCGACUGCCUUGGAUCCCUUGGAAAUUCUCAUCCAACGUCGAGUCGCGCCUGGUGGAUUAAAAGUUACGUUACGAGGUCGCGUGUUUUGCGCGCACCUCAGUCUCACCUUAGUGGACUGUUCCAAACUCUUCUCAGCGACUUUGUCAAGAGUUUGGCGAUAGAGCAUUACUUGGUGAGAAAUCGGCUGUAAUCAAGACUUGGGCGAAGCGCUUGCGCUCUCGUUUUCAACAUGACAUCGCGACCACCUCCUCCGCCGCCGCCUGGCGCAAAUAUACCACCGCCCCCACCUGGUGCACACAUACCGCCUCCUCCACCCCCUCCUCCAGGCUUCGAUCAACCAGUGGCAAAUGCACAUGUUGCAAAAUUUGCAGCAAAGAAGAACGAAUGGCUGAGAAUGCAGAGGCAGCGAUUUGGGGAAAAGAGGAAGGGGGGAUUUGUGGAAACACAGAAGGCAGACAUGCCGCCAGAGCAUUUGCGAAAGAUUGUCAGAGACAUCGGCGACGUUUCACAAAAGAAAUUCAACAGUGACAAACGAAGUUACCUGGGUGCGCUCAAAUUCAUGCCGCACGCUGUGCUUAAACUGCUUGAAAAUAUGCCCAUGCCCUGGGAAUCGGAGCGGCAGGUGAAGGUUCUUUAUCAUAUCAACGGCUGUCUUACCCUUGUCAACGAAAUCCCUCGAGUCAUCGAACCAAUUUUCUACGCGCAGUGGGCAACAAUGUGGGUCUGCAUGAGACGAGAGAAAAGUGACAGACGACACUUCAAGCGCAUGCGAUUUCCGCCUUUCGAUGAUGAAGAACCACCUCUUUCAUACUCGGAGAACAUCGAAGGCGUUGAACCAGGUGAGCCGAUACAGAUGGAGCUCGAUGAAGACGAAGAUGGUCCUGUGUACGAAUGGUUCUACGAGCAUCGCCCGUUGAUAGACACUCCACACGUCAACGGCCCCAGCUACAAGACGUGGAAUCUCACUCUUCCACAGAUGGCAACACUUUAUCGACUCAGCCAUCAACUCCUAAGCGAUGUCGUUGACAAAAAUUACUUCUACAUGUUCGACCGUGAGAGCUUUUUCACUGCCAAAGCGUUGAACGUUGCAAUUCCUGGUGGCCCACGGUUUGAGCCAUUGUACAAGGACAUAGACCCGAACGAAGAGGAUUUCGGCGAAUUCAACGCUAUUGAUCGCAUCAUCUUCCGGCAACCCAUUCGAACCGAGUAUCGAGUUUCCUUUCCAUUCCUGUACAAUUCAUUGCCGAGAAGCGUACGAGUCUCAUGGUACUCCUAUCCCCAAAUCGUCUAUGUGAGAACGGAUGAUCCAAAUCUCCCCGCUUUUUACUUUGAUCCUGUUAUCAAUCCAAUAGCUCUCCGGUCUGUCGCUCCGAAGAACAUUUCAGUGAGCCACGAAGAUGAGAUCUUUGGAUUCGGUAACAAUGAAGACGAUGAUUUCGAACUAGAUGGUAUCGAGCCAUUUUUGUCCGACAAACCGCUUUAUACUGAGGACACGUCAUCCGCAAUUGCUCUAUGGUGGGCACCCCACCCCUUUGACAAACGAUCGGGGCGGAUGAUCAGAGCACAAGACGUGCCACUGGUUAAGCAGUGGUAUCUUGAACAUGUACCACGCGAUCAGCCUGUUAAAGUGAGGGUUUCGUAUCAGAAGCUGCUUAAGACAUAUGUGCUCAAUGAGCUGCACAAAAGGCCACAAAAGGCACUCGCCAAGACCGAUCUUUUGCGUUCCUUGAAGAACACUAAGUUCUUCCAACAGACAACAAUCGACUGGGUCGAAGCGGGUCUCCAAGUCUGCCGACAGGGUUUCAAUAUGCUCAAUUUGUUGAUUCACAGGAAAAACCUGACAUAUCUGCAUCUGGAUUACAACUUCAAUUUGAAGCCUGUCAAAACUUUGACAACAAAAGAGCGAAAGCGAUCCCGUUUCGGCAAUGCUUUCCAUCUCAUCCGCGAGAUUCUGCGCUUGACGAAGCUCAUUGUCGAUGCUCAAGUCCAGUAUCGAUUGGGCAAUAUUGAUGCUUUCCAACUCGCGGAUGGCAUCUUAUACGCCUUCAACCACGUUGGCCAGCUAACUGGCAUGUAUCGCUACAAGUAUAAACUCAUGCAUCAAAUUCGGUCCUGCAAAGACUUGAAGCAUUUGAUUUAUUACAGAUUCAACGCCGGGCCAGUAGGCAAGGGUCCAGGCUGUGGCUUCUGGGCUCCAGCUUGGAGAGUAUGGCUUUUUUUCCUUCGUGGUAUUAUUCCACUAUUGGAACGAUGGCUCGGCAAUUUACUUUCUCGUCAAUUUGAGGGUCGUCACAGCAAGGGCGUCGCGAAGACCGUGACUAAACAGCGUGUUGAGUCUCACUUCGACCUUGAGCUACGCGCCUCUGUUAUGGCCGAUCUCAUGGACAUGAUGCCUGAAGGUAUAAAGCAAAGCAAGGUCAAUGUUGUCCUCCAACACUUGUCUGAGGCAUGGCGCUGCUGGAAGAGCAACAUUCCGUGGAAGGUGCCUGGCCUGCCUGCUCCGAUCGAGAACAUCAUACUACGUUACGUGAAAAGCAAAGCGGAUUGGUGGAUUUCGGUUGCACACUACAACCGUGAACGUAUCCGACGAGGUGCCACCGUCGAUAAGACUGUUGCAAAGAAAAAUUUGGGGCGAUUGACCCGUUUAUGGCUGAAGGCAGAGCAAGAACGACAGCACAACUACAUGAAGGAUGGGCCAUAUAUCUCAUCUGAAGAGGGCGUUGCAAUUUAUACCACAACGGUUCACUGGCUGGAAUCACGGAAGUUUCAACCCAUCCCGUUCCCGAGCGUAUCUUAUAAGCAUGACACCAAAAUCCUUAUCCUUGCGCUGGAGAGACUGCGCGAGGCAUACUCCGUGAAGGGUCGCCUCAAUCAGAGCCAACGUGAGGAAUUAGCGCUUAUUGAGCAAGCAUACGACUCCCCACAAUCUUUCUUAGGCAGGAUCAAGCGAUAUCUUCUCACUCAGCGAGCCUUCAAGGAAGUUGGUAUUGACAUGAACGAUAACUACAGUACAAUCAAUCCUGUCUAUGACAUUGAACCCAUGGAAAAAAUUGUUGAUGCAUAUCUCGAUCAAUAUUUGUGGUAUCAGGCCGAUACUCGACAUUUAUUCCCGUCAUGGAUCAAACCUUCCGAUUCAGAAGUGCCACCACUUCUGGUUUAUAAGUGGGCUCAAGGUAUCAAUAACUUGGAUAAAGUCUGGGAAUACGAGAAUGGCGAGUGCAAUGUCUUGAUUGAGACACAGCUCUCAAAAGUUUAUGAGAAGAUCGACCUCACUCUACUGAACCGUCUUCUUCGUCUUAUCAUGGAUCACAAUUUGGCUGACUACAUAUCCGCCAAGAACAAUGUUCAGCUAAAUUAUAAGGACAUGAACCACACCAACCAUUAUGGCAUGAUUCGAGGCCUGCAAUUUUCUGGAUUCGUAUUCCAAUAUUACGGUUUGGUUAUAGAUUUGUUGCUUCUUGGUCUGCGCCGUGCGAGCGAGCUUGCUGGUCCUCCAAACAAUCCGAAUGACUUCUUGCAAUUCCGCGACAAGGCUACGGAGACUCGACACCCCAUUCGGCUGUAUACACGCUACAUUGACCGCAUCUGGAUAUUUUUUAGGUUCACGGCUGAUGAAUCGCGUGAUCUCAUUCAACGCUUUUUGACUGAACAACCAGAUCCUAACUUCGAGAAUGUCAUUGGGUACAAAAAUAAGAAAUGCUGGCCGAGGGACUCGCGCAUGCGCCUGAUGAGGCACGAUGUUAAUCUUGGACGAGCCGUGUUUUGGGAUCUGAAGAACAGACUACCACGUUCAGUCACCACAAUUGAAUGGGAUGAUACGUUUGCAAGUGUCUACAGCAGGGACAAUCCCAAUCUACUCUAUUCCAUGUGUGGCUUUGAAGUUCGAAUCCUGCCAAAGAUUCGGAAUCUAGGUGAUGAAUUUCCUACGAAGGACAGUGUCUGGUCUUUGGUAGACAACCAAACAAAAGAACGCACCGCAUACGCUUUCCUACAAGUGACUGAAGAGCACAUCGCUGCAUUCAAUAACCGCAUCAGACAAAUCCUGAUGUCUUCAGGCUCAACGACGUUCACCAAAAUAGCGAACAAGUGGAAUACGACUCUUAUUGCGCUUUUCACGUAUUAUCGUGAGGCUGCCGUGUCAACAGUCAAUCUCUUGGACACAAUAGUCAAGUGCGAAACGAAAAUCCAAACCCGUGUCAAGAUUGGCCUGAACUCGAAAAUGCCGUCGCGUUUUCCACCGGCAGUUUUUUACACGCCAAAGGAGCUUGGUGGUUUGGGUAUGAUAUCAGGUUCUCAUAUUCUUAUUCCCGCCAGUGACAAGCGUUGGUCAAAACAAACAGAAACUGGAGUCACUCAUUUCCGCGCCGGAAUGAGUCAUGAUGAGGAAACGCUAAUUCCCAAUAUUUUCCGCUACAUCAUCCCUUGGGAAAGCGAAUUUGUUGAUUCUCAGCGUGUCUGGACGGAGUACUCGCAGAAACGACUGGAAGCCCUGCAGCAGAACAGACGCCUUACCCUUGAAGAUCUUGAGGACAGCUGGGACCGCGGAUUACCCCGAAUUAAUACUCUUUUCCAAAAAGACCGCAGUACUCUUAGCUUUGACAAGGGCUUCAGGACUCGCAUGGAGUUCAAAGUAUACCAAUUAAUGAAGAGCAAUCCAUUCUGGUGGACAUCGCAACGUCAUGAUGGUAAACUGUGGAAUUUGAAUGCGUAUAGAACAGACGUUAUUCAGGCCUUGGGUGGUGUGGAAACUAUUCUCGAACACACACUGUUCAAAGCGACUGCAUUCCCAUCGUGGGAAGGUCUUUUCUGGGAGAAAGCUUCAGGUUUUGAGGAGUCUAUGAAAUUCAAGAAAUUGACCAAUGCUCAACGAAGCGGUCUGAACCAAAUUCCAAACCGCCGAUUCACUCUUUGGUGGUCACCGACAAUCAACAGAGCGAAUGUCUAUGUCGGUUUCCAGGUCCAACUUGAUCUGACCGGUAUAUUUUUGCACGGCAAGAUUCCCACACUCAAGAUUUCCCUCAUUCAGAUUUUCCGUGCACACUUGUGGCAGAAAAUUCAUGAGUCCGUUGUUAUGGACUUGUGCCAGGUCUUUGAUCAGGAAUUGGAGGCUCUCGGCAUCGAAACUGUGCAGAAAGAGACAAUCCAUCCUCGAAAGUCAUAUAAGAUGAACAGCUCUUGCGCUGACAUCUUACUUUUUUCAAGACAUAAAUGGAGUGUUUCGCAGCCAUCCUUACUUUACGACAACAAGGACGCCAUGACCGCGAACACCACGAACAAAUUCUGGAUCGAUGUACAAUUGAGAUACGGUGAUUACGAUUCUCAUGACAUUGAACGAUACGUGCGAGCCAAAUAUCUUGACUACACCACGGACAGCAUGAGCAUCUAUCCAUCCGCCACUGGUCUGAUGAUUGGCAUUGACCUUGCCUAUAACUUGUAUUCGGCCUAUGGUCAAUAUUUCCCAGGCCUGAAACAACUCAUCCAACAGGCAAUGGCGAAGAUUAUGAAGGCGAAUCCAGCUUUGUAUGUCCUGCGUGAGCGCAUCCGAAAGGGUCUGCAACUGUAUGCUUCAGAGACCAACCAGGAAUUCUUGAAUUCUCAGAACUACUCCGAGCUGUUCAGCAACCAGAUCCAGCUCUUUGUUGACGACACCAACGUCUAUCGUGUUACCAUUCACAAGACGUUUGAGGGUAAUCUGACAACGAAACCAAUUAAUGGUGCCAUCUUCAUAUUCAACCCUCGCACAGGCCAAUUAUUCUUAAAGAUUAUUCACACUAGUGUAUGGGCUGGUCAGAAACGUCUUGGUCAGCUCGCAAAGUGGAAGACGGCGGAAGAAGUUGCAGCGCUAAUCCGAUCCUUACCUGUCGAAGAGCAGCCCAAGCAGCUCAUCGUUACCCGUAAAGGUUUGCUCGAUCCUCUCGAAGUACAUCUAUUGGACUUCCCGAACAUCUCUAUUCGUGCAUCCGAACUGCAGCUCCCUUUUCAGGCCGCGAUGAAGGUGGAAAAGCUCGGUGACAUGAUUUUACGAGCAACUGAGCCCAAGAUGAUCUUGUACAAUCUAUAUGACGAAUGGCUAAAGACUAUCUCGUCAUAUACUGCAUUCUCACGUCUUAUUCUCAUAUUGCGUGCUCUGCACGUCAAUAUUGACAAGACGAAGCUGUUGUUACGGCCGUCGAAGGACGUCAUCACUCAAGAGCAUCACAUUUGGCCCACUCUAGACGAUCAAGGCUGGAUGAAGGUCGAGGCUGAGCUGCGAGAUCUCAUCCUGAACGACUAUGGAAAGAAGAACAACGUUAAUACUUCUAGCUUGACCAGCAGCGAAGUUCGCGACAUUAUUCUGGGUAUGGAGAUCAGUGCUCCCUCGAUGCAGCGCCAGCAGGCUGCAGAGAUCGAGAAGCAGCAAGAGCAAGCUCAACUGACAGCUCGGAUGACGAAGACGCAAAACAAGGAUGGAGAAGAAAUAAUCGUCACCACAACUUCGCAGUACGAACAGCAAACAUUUGCCUCGAAGACCGAAUGGAGAACCAGGGCAAUCGCAUCUUCAAAUCUACGCACGAGGGCCAACAACAUCUAUAUUUCCUCUGAAGAUGUUCAGGAAGAAGACCAUUUCACAUAUAUCAUGCCGAAAAACAUCCUGAAACGCUUUAUCACCAUCGCAGAUUUGCGUGUCCAGGUGGCUGGUUAUCUUUAUGGUGCUUCCCCUCCAGACAACGAUCAAGUCAAGGAGAUCCGUACUAUUGUCAUGGUACCACAAGUGGGAAGUACGCGGGAUGUGCAGUUGCCACAUUCUUUGCCAGAGCACGAAUACUUGCAAAAGCUCGAGCCGCUUGGCAUCAUUCACACGGUGUCUGGCAAUGAACCGCGCUAUAUGCCAGCACAGGAUGUGACAACUCACGCAAAACUCAUGAACAGCCACGAUUCUUGGGAUAAAAAGACCAUUACUUUGACGGUUUCCUUCACACCGGGGUCGGUCUCGCUCUCCGCCUGGGCUCUCACUCCCGAAGGGUAUAAAUGGGGUGUCGAAAACAAGGAUAUGUCUUCAGACCAGCCCGCCGGAUUCUCUACCUCCUUUGGCGAAAAAUGCCAACUUCUACUUAGUGACAAGAUUAAGGGUUAUUUCUUGGUGCCGGAAGAUAACAUUUGGAAUUAUAGCUUCAUUGGUGCGGUGUUCGAGAGUGUUGCGAAAAGGAGACUUGACGUCAAGAUCGAUACACCAGCCCGGUACUAUGAUGAUUUGCACCGUCCAGUGCAUUUCCAGAGUUUUGGAGAGCUGGAGGACAUCUAUGUCGAUAGAAGUGAUAACUUUGCGUAAAGUGACGGAUGUCUGUAAAUUGUAUUUGAAGUUGAGCACUUGUAUCAGUACCGAUCACGGAUUAUUGCUAUGGAGAAAAAGUAUUGAGGCUAGGCCCUCUCAGACUUGAGAGUAUACGUCUUCAAUCGGCGCAGGUUGAAAUAAGAGAAGUGUGCUUAAUG